GAUCGAUUCCGGUGUCUUUAAGAUCAUCAAUCUGUUGUGGACAUAUCUUCUUUUCAUUUGGUUUUUAUGGUCCAGGGGAGCGGGCGGUUCUUUCUGAAUGAAGUUUGGGGAGACGUUUACCGGGUUUCUUCACGGAGACCAAGAGUGGUUUUUGGAUAAUUGCUCGCAUGUAGAAUACAAGAGGCUCAAGAAAGUCUUGAAAGCUUGCAGGUCAUUGAGGGAUUCGAGCGGUAUUGAUCCGGAAGAGAGCAAUGACGGAAAUGAGAGUACCGGGUCAGAACAGCUCUGCCAAUGUGAUAUCUGCGCAGCAUGUGAUCAGAAGUUUUUUGAUGAGCUUUCAAAGGAGGCUGCAGACAUUGCUGGAUGUUUCAGCUCUAGAGUUAGGCGGCUUCUCCAUUUUCACAUUUCUAAUGGUUUCCAGCGGUAUAUGUGGCGCUUGAGCCAUUGUUUUUCAGAUGAUCAGAAAACUUCGGCUCAAGAAGUGAGGAUGUUACUUGAUUAUGUUACUAUGAAUGCCACUGCUAUAAGGAAAAUUUUAAAGAAAUAUGAUAAAGUUCAUGGCUCUGUUAAUGGUAGAAACUUCAAGAUGGUGAUGCGCACAAAACGGAUAGAACUAUUGCAAUCACCUUGGCUUAUAGAAUUGGGUGCUUUUUAUUUGAACUGUGCUGGUACAGAUGCUGGUGAACCCGGUGCAUUUUUCCGAAAGUUCUCUUGUGAUCUUAGUGAUUCCCAACCUGUGAUGACAAUGGUUCUAUUUGAUUCCAUUACCUAUGAAUACAGUUUGAGUUGCCCCAUUUGCUUGGAUACUGUAUUUAAUUCAUAUGCUUUGGGCUGUGGACAUCUUUUUUGCAAAAGUUGUGUUUGUGCUGCGGCAUCAGUUCUAAUUUGUGAUGGCCCUAAAUCAGCACCUCGAGGGGCCAAAUGUCCUGUAUGCAGGGAG